AUGGCUCUCCUCGGUUCGGCCUUCCUAGGCCUGAUCACAUUACUGGUAGCUUUGCUCGCACCUACUGUGAUUCACUAUUCGAAAAUCGGUGGACCUUUCCUCACGCCCAAGCCGACUGUCCUGGGUGAUGGUCAAGGCCCAAUUGUUAUAGAAGAUACCGUUCACUGCGAGGACGUACACCACUACCGCCCUGCGAACUUGCUAUUUACUGCAUGCGAAGAUGAAAUUACAACGAGAUUUGACUGGUUUCCUGGCCUGGGACACCUCGAGCCCCAUGCCGCGGGCCGGGGUUCGAUUCAUGUUGUGGACCCCAAGACUAUGAAAUCGAGUCGCUUGACCUUUGAGAACUUCGAAGGCCAGUUCGUCACACAUGGCAUCGACGUCAUCGCGGACCCCAAGAAUGCCGGCGCUGUUUAUAUCUUCGCCGUGAAUCAUUUGCCCAACCCAGCCUUUGUCCAGGCGAGCGAGAAAGAGCGCGAGGGCAUCGAGUCAGCCCGUUCUCAAAUCGAAUUGUUCCACCAUGUCCUGCACUCCAAGACCGUGCAGCACGUGCGCUCGAUCCGCCACUCGCUCGUCUACACACCGAAUGAUAUCUCUGCUGUGAGCCCGGAGGAAUUCUACGUGACAAACGAUCACUACUAUCGCGACGGAUUGCUCCGUCUUAUCGAGGAUAUCUGGCCCUUUGCCAAGUGGUCUAAUAUCAUUAAUGUUCGGAUUUCGGACAUGAAGGCUAAGGACGCGACGGCCGGGCUGGAUGCUUCUGUCGCGCACUCGGGGCUGUGGAACAAUAACGGUCUCGGCGCAGGCCGAUCCGAUGAUGAAAUUGUUAUUUCGAGUGCUGUCGGUGGUGAGCUGUAUUUGGGCCAGUUGCAUGCGGUUAAUCACACUAUCUCGAUUCACACUACUAUCCCCUUCGACACUGUCACCGAUAACCCUAGCUACUACACGGAUCCGUAUCGCUCCGAGUCCGACGAUGCGAGCGGGUUUGUUGUUGCUGGUGUUUCGCAGGGUAUUUACCUGGGUCAGACUGGACAUGAUAUUAACGGUAAAGAUCCGUUGCAGGUUUGGUAUACUCGUCAGACAAGUACAGGUAAUUGGGAAAACAAGCUACUUUUUGAGGACGAUAGCAGCCGGAUUCGCACUGCUAGUGCGGCAGUUCUUGUACCUAUUGAACCAAAGGGUGGUAGUGGUCGCAAGCAAGCUUGGUUGUUUGUGACUGGGUUUUUGUCGGAGAAUAUGGUCGCCGUGCAGCACCCACAUCCCUCCGUGUGCUACCUGUCACUCUUUUCCACCUCCGCAAACCACGCCAACAGAAAGACCACCACCACCACCACCACUCAAAGCAGUACUUCAAGCAACACAAACACAAACACAACAGUGACAACCCCAACACGCGGCGAAAUAAACGCCCCCAUAAGCACAUUCCCCGCCCCAAUCGAAGUCCCCCCGCAAAACCCUUCAUCCUCAUCCACCUCCAUCGACAAAAUAAAACGCCUCGUCUCCACCGGCCGCGCAUAUUUAACCUUCUACAAAACGGGUCUGAAAAACGUCUUCCGGAACUAUCGCGCUUCACUCCCGCUCCGCAAAACACUAGGUCUACCCAUCUAUCUACCCGUUUCUCCUCCCCGAAACCACAGCCACAGCCACAAUGCUACUGCUGCCGCCCUUGGCCGUGGCCAAUUCCAACUCGUCCGCCGUUCAGCCCGUGACGUCCGUCGCAUGAUCCCAUUCACGCUUAUACUAAUAAUCUGCGGCGAAUUCACACCGUUAAUUGUACCUAUUUUCGGAUCCGCGAUUACGCCGGCUACAUGUCGGGUUCCGAGCCAGAUAACCAAGGAGCGGGAAGCGGGUAGUAAGAGGAAAUAUCUUGCUCUUACUGCGCACGCCAAUUCUCAGGCUGCCCAGCAGGCCCAGGCCGGCACCAUGCCGACGAGUAUCCAGAUCGGCAGUGAGCAGGAAAUGACGUUGCUGGCGACUCGAUUUGCGAAUGCUGAGUUUGCGCGGACUGCGGAUGCGAGUGGCGUUUUGGCUGCUAGUGCUGUUUUUGGAAUCGUUAAGAGUCAUCAACCGCGUUUGGGGAGUGUGUUGAUGGGACCUGUGUACAGGCCGAGAUUGAGAAAGUAUAUUCGUUAUCUUGAGAUUGAUGAUGGGAUGAUUCGGGAGGGUGGUGGUGUGAGGGGGUUGAGUUCUGAGGAGGUUAAGUUUGCGUUAGAAGAGCGUGGGCUUGGUGAUGUUGCUUCUAUUUUGCAGAAGGGGAGGAAGGCUGAGGAUGUUGAGAGGAGGGCUUUGGAGAUGUGGUUGGAGGCUAGGAAGGGUUGA